AUGUCGCACAACGAAGAAGUCCUUCCCUACUACUAUGAGACAAACGAGUGCAGCACGGACAGCAAUUGUUCGGUGGCUGACCCGAACGCAGUUUGUGAUGAAUAUCACUCUAGAUGCAUCUGCCUGCACGAAUUAUACAGGGAUAUCACUGUUCCCGAGAUCCGCUGCGUAGGCGGCAGACAGAUUAACCAAUGGUGCAGCUCGUCGAAACAAUGUUACGUCGUAAACACUCAAACCACUUGCGUUGGCAGCUUCAUGAGAAGUCUCUGCAAAUGUUUGCACGGCUUCUAUUUCAACGCAGACAACAAGAGCUGCGUGCAGUACCCCGAAGGAGAAGUGUACAUGGUCGAUGAGGCGGACAAAAUCAUGUUCUUCAACGCGAACUUCAUGGCUUUCGCUGUUUUCGUAUUUCUUGCCGUCAUUAUCCUGGCGAUUCAAAAAGACCUCAUCUGUGACAUACUGAAAGGAAAGAUAUCUCCGCUGAACGACGCCAUGAAUGCUGAAGCCGAAGAAGGUGUGGAUCGGAUACAGAACGCCUCCUCCACUCACUCAUCACCCAUGGCAGGACCUGCUGAGGAUGUGGAAGCUGGUGCUGCUGCUGCUACCGACGUAGGAGAGGACGAAGUUGACCCUGGCGAAUCCCCGACUUCAGCAGCUCGGCUCGUAUCCGGAGACGGUCAUCCGACGGAUAGACAGCAUGGAUUGCAACAACUGCUAGCGAAUACCGUGGGGGGAACCCAUAUCGUGACUGCGGUUCCCGCGUACGAAUGUAGCGUUGACUUGGAUUGCUCUAGCAAGGACUCGAACGCCGUCUGCGACACAAACCAUAGCCUAUGCAAGUGCACCAACGGUCUUUACAGGGGACCCCCGUACCGUGAAAUAAAAUGCUCCGUGGGAAAAGCCUACAACGAGCGGUGCCGUUCUCCGAGGGAAUGCCUGUUAGUGGACCAGUAUUCGGACUGCGUGGCACACGUGUGCCGCUGCCUUCCGGGGUACAACCCCAUACCGGGCGCAAACAUCAGUCAAGGCUCGGUGCGAUGCUUGCUCGAUGAAUACCGUUUCAACGCUGACCACGCUCACCUGACGUUCUUUAAGGUUAGCCCUGUACCCUUGUUAGUUAUAUGUAUAAUUCUCGUGUACCUGGGCUAUCAGCGUGGCGCGAAAGUUCCUCAGAGACGGGGUAGUUCAACGAGCAAUAGGCGGAUAGUCCCCAUGUGGCGCGGCGUGACUUUCCACCAGGCUACCACUCCCCCUCGGAACUCCACUACUUUGCCGAACGGCAGCGCUGGUUCGAACUCGAGCGGCUCCCAAAACGGUCACGCCGUCGUGAUGGUCGGAGACGCAGGACUUCGGAGGGAAUCUUCGUCGGCUACAGAUUCCCGCCGCAGUCGAGGCUCCGCACAUUCCCAGCGGGAUUCUAGCGGACGGGAACGCCAGGAAAGAGCUCAGCCGCUCCCAUCGGAUAGAGCUGGUCAAACUCACGACAACAACAAUAGCAGCAGCAGACCAACGGAGCGACGGGAUUCGGCCAUGUCCCCACCCCCUCCGUAUGCUCAAGAAGAAGCUCCACCGAGUUACGAGGACGCCAUUCGGGCUUCCAGAGUCGCUUCAAGAGAGCCAGCGAUGGCUGACCUGGCGGAAACGAGCAACCGAACGGCGGCGACGUCAACGGAACCUCCGAAUCAACUCCCUAACGGUACCUCGGUCGUCGAAAGCGACACCAAUCAAAACAUCGAAUUCCACAAUAUCAUGGAAAUGCCGAACCAACAAGUGACCAAGCGUCCGAGUGCUUGACGGAGAAGCCGCGGGCUCAUGGAAAUCACUAAAUCAGGCGAAUGAACUUAUAUCAAGACAUACAAAUUGUUCCGUACGAUAUAUCCCUAUGAG